AUGAAGCUUUUCUCUCCAGCUGUGGUAGGCUCACUCGCGGCCUGGCCAGUACUGACGCAGAACGUCGAAAUUAUCUCCUGUACUGAUGAUGCGACAUUCACGCACACCACAUCUGUCGUCCGCACCUUGGUUUUCCAUGCUCGGCCACCAUACGUUCUGGUCCACGAAGGGUACGAAGGACCAGUUCCGACGACAGUCACCUUUGCCCCAACAGGGACAGAUCCUGGCACAAUAGUCGUCUACACACCGACCGACGCCCCUGAAGAUGAACAAAACAAGAAGGAUGGCUCACAGUCUGUACGAACGACAUCGCGGCACCCUGAGGGAGGCUGGCCUACAAAUUGGCCUUACCCACCACCAUGGGUGCCAGGGCAUUCUGAUUCUCACGACAAGUUCGUGCCCUACCCAACCAAUACGGGCCAGUUUACAACAUUGAAAAGUGAGGCCAGUCCAGGAACCUCGACAAGAGCUGCCUUCGAUUCACCUGCCUCCGGAUCCGAGGCUCCUUCUGACUCUUGGCUACCAAUCGAAUCAAUCAUCAGUAACUCGCAGAAUGCCAUGGAAAGCAAGAGUGCGGGAUCCUCUUCUGAGCCACUCUCUAGCUCUGGUUUCCCCUUUCCCAGUUCACUGCUGCCUCAAUCCAAUUUCAUUCUGCCAAAUAGCAACUCCGCCGAGCCCAGUUCAGCUACCCCGUCUGGGAAUUCCUUUCCGCCUUUCUUUAGCUUUGAUGCCCCGGUCCCCAGUUCAUUAUCACCCCAGCCUAGUUCUCUUCUCCCCAACAGUGCUUCGGCUGGACCCAGUUCAUUAAUUCCCCUACCUAGUUCAUUCGCGUCGCUCCCGAGCUCGAUUAUUCCCAGCUCGAUUAUUCCCAGCUCGGUCAUUCCCAGCUCGAUAGAGCCCAGCUCGCUCGAGCCUGUUCCUGGCUCUAUCGGCCCCAGCUCUAUUUCACCCCCACCCAUUUCACUCGAGCCUAUUCCUAGCUCUGUCGGGCCCAGCUCUAUUUCACCCCUACCCAGUUCACUCGAGCCUAUUCCUAGCUCUGUCGGGCCCAGCUCUAGCCAACCGAGUUCUUUGGAGCCAAGCUCUAUCCUGCAGAGCUCGGCACAGCCUAGUUCAUUCGAGCCUCAACCAAGCUCACUGGGUCCCAGCUCAAUAGAGCCCAGCUCCAUCAUACCCUCGCCUAGCUCUUUCGAGCCUAUCCCCAGCUCUCUCAGACCCAGCUCGAUAGAGCCUGUUUCAAGCAUACCAUCGGCAAGUUCGUUCGAGCCUCUUCCUAGCUCGGCUUUGCCCAGUUCUGCCCAGCCCAGCUCUGCUCAACCGAGCUCGGUCCAGCCCAGCUCUGCCCAACCCAGCUCGGCAGCACCCAGCUCAGUGGCACCCAGCUCUGCGCAACCGAGCUCGGCAGCACCCAGCUCAGUCCAGCCAAGUUCCGCAGCGCCCAGCUCAGCAGUGCCAAGCUCCAUGCACCCAAGCUCAGUCCAGUCUAGCGCAUCGCCCUCCUCCUCCGCCCCGGCGCCGACCCCCGACGUGAGCUGCAACAACCGCGGUCUCGAGUACGCAAUCUACGACCACAGCUUCUUCAACUCAGACUUCCCCGCCUUCUCGUCCCUCGACGUCAACUACUUCCACGUAACGCAGCCCGCCUUCACCGGCACGACGGAGCGCAUCGGCAUCCCGCCGGGCACGAACCCGUAUUUCCCACCCUUUAGCAUCUACGACGACACACCGGCCCGGCUCUACAUGUUCACGGCCGUCAACCACCGUGCCUUCCUCUAUGCGCCCGUCACGGGCACCUACACGAUUACGGUGCCCGACUCGGACGAGAUCACGCUCGUCUGGCUCGGCGACAAGGCUAUUUCGACCUGGACCCGCGCUAACGCCGACCUGGAGCAGGACUAUAAUACCGUGGACGGGCCUGAGGAGACGACCGUAUUUAGGAUUCAGCUGCAGGCCGGGACGUAUACGCCGUUCCGUCUUUUGUGGGCGAAUGCACAAGGCGAGCUUUCAUUUAUUGCGAGGGUUCAGGCGCCGGAUGGACGAAUUAUUGAGGACGGAGACGGGUCGGACAGCGACUAUUUCGUACGGUUCGCUUGCGACAUGUCGACGCCUGAGUACCCGCCUUUCGGACAGAAUGGUUGA